UUUUGUUUUGAACCGGUGAUAAUUUAAAAGUAAAUAUUGGUUCUUAAAAGUAAUUCGUAUUUUAUGUAACAUAAUAUAAUAUAUAUUAGAGCUAAUUAAUGAAUACAGUACGCCUCUCAUCAAUAGUAUAUAAGUCUCUUGUGUUGUCUAAAAGAAAAUUCACUUAUAAUAUUGCAAAAUAUUGCUUGUCUAAGGUGACAAAGAUGUCCUCUAUUAGUAGUAUAGCGGACUUGGGAUAUGCAUUUAAUACCGAUGGCCAGUUAAGAAAAGUCAACAAUAAUGGAGAGCCUGGUGAUGAACCAUUUCAAUUUAAUAUAAGUAAUGAUCAUCAAGAAUGUCAGGCACAUUAUGAAGUACUUGGGGCAGCAGUAACUGAGCAUGUAUACCAUUUACUUGAAACACAGGAGAACUUAAUAAAACUUCCAGUACCUAAAGGAACUACGGAAGAAGAUGGCACAUUUAUAUUUGUUUCUAAGGACUAUGAUAAAAAAGAUGUGUUGAUGGUUCUGAUACAUGGAUCUGGUGUUGUGAGAGCUGGACAGUGGGCUCGAUCCUUAAUAAUUAAUGAUUGUAUACAGACUGGUACGCAAAUUCCAUACAUAAGACAGGCGCAAGCUAGAGGUUAUGGAAUUAUGGUUCUUAAUUCAAAUGACAACUACAGGCAAGACAAAAAGAUACCACACACUGGCAGUUCUGAAGAACAUGCCAAAUAUGUAUGGGAAGAAUACAUUCCACAAACAAAAGCCUCUUCAAUAGUUAUUGUAGCACACAGUUAUGGAGGGAUAUUAACUGUCACUCUGGCUGAUAAACAAAAGAAACAGUUUGAAAAGAGAGUGAAGGCUGUUGCAUUAACUGAUUCUGUUCAUAGUUAUUCUGGAGUUAAUAUAUCGAAACAUUUAUUAAAGAUUUCACGAAAUUGGGUAGCAAGUUCAUCUCCAUUGGAUACUCCAAUGAAAACUCCUAAUUCUGAUAUCUGCAGGGUCUCAGCAGGUCACCCAAAACAUGAAAUGACUUCUUCCAAGUGUAUCAACUCAGUUUUUAAAUAUUUUGACCAAAUAUUAAAAGGACAAAAUGACAAAUAAAACAGCAAUAAAAAUUCAAUGAGUGCUCAUAUAAUCUUUACAAUAGUUAUUUUUAAGCACAAAAAUGGAC